GGCAAGUUUCUAGAGCCUCUAGAACUGCAGCAGCUCCAGCGCUCAUUUCUCGUCGCUGCUGGUGGGGCUCGAGUUAGCGGGAGGGACUUCCCCCUCUCCAGCCAGGUGGAUAUUCCUCCAGCCAGGUGGAGUCUUGACCUGGAUCUGCUGAGGGCAGACCUAGGCCGUAGGGCUAUUGCGUGGAGUCGCGCCUGGGGCUGCUCGGCUGGCGGAUUAGCUUCUCCUGGUUCUCGAGUCGACAAGGGAACAGUUUCUACCAGCAUUUCUCGUUUGGCGCGCCUCAGAAAGGGUUAGCAUUGGCGCCUCACGAGGAUCGGGCGAGCGCUGUUACGUCGGCUCGUUUUCCGACGGAUCUCGUUUUCUGACGGAUCUCGUUAGCUUGACAGUAGCGGCGACGCGCGCACCGUUCUUUUAACGACCGUGGUGGUCCAUCACCAUGGAUCCAUCACGUCACCACUCUUCACCGCACUCCACACCCAGAUCCUCCCCUCACUCCAUUAACGAUCCGGCAUCUUUCACCCACAACCCCACCCGACCCUCCAUCGCCAACCCUAGCUCCCGAAGCUCUCAGUCAGGCUCGGCACUCGCAGCCCCGUUCCUCCUCAAUGCUCGCAGCGCCAUCACAGCCGCCAUAGCCGCAGCCGCCGCGGGAUCCGGCUUGCGGGUCGCGCAAUGCCAACCCGUUGCCGCUGCGCCAGCUGCGCCAGCUGCGGCGGCGGCGGUUGCGGCUGCAGCGGCGACUCCUUCAGCAGCGGCGGCGGCAGCAGCAGCGGCACAUGCGGCGGCGGAAAUCCAUCCGUCUGUUCACGAGCCGCCGCCGUCGUCAACGAUCGGAUUUGCGGAGGAUCUUGUUCGGCCCGUGCCUCCCGCCGGUGCGGACGGUGGAGCCGAUGCAGCAGCGAGAGUGGAGCCGCGAUUGACGGUGGCUUCAAUCACGAAAUCGCUGAUCGCAGGCGGCGUCGCAGGCGGAGUGUCGAGGUCCGCAGUGGCUCCCCUGGAGCGAAUGAAGAUUCUUCUGCAGGUGCAAAACGCCCAGAACGCGCAGUACAGUGGCACGUGGCAGGGGCUGAAGACGAUCUGGCGCGAGGAGGGCAUCAGGGGGCUGUUCCGCGGCAACGGCACCAACUGCGCUCGCAUCGUGCCCAACUCCGCUGUCAAGUUCUUUGCCUAUGAGGAGGCUGCAUAUGGCCUUCUCUGGCUGGCCCAGCAGCAGUCCAACGACCCCAACUUGGAGCUGACCCCGGUGUUGCGGCUCGGAGCAGGCGCCACAGCAGGCAUCAUUGCCAUGUCCGCCACAUACCCCAUGGACAUGGUCCGAGGGCGCCUCACAGUGCAGUCCGGCAGAAAAGGCGAGCAGCGCUACAAGGGCAUGCGCCACGCCGCGGUGACUAUAGUGAAGGAGGAGGGCGUUCGCGCCCUCUAUAAGGGCUGGUUGCCAUCCGUUAUUGGUGUGAUCCCCUACGUGGGUCUCAACUUCGCAGUGUACGAAACCCUAAAGGACUGGCUUGCAAGAAUGUACGCGACUCAGCAGCCCGAGCAGGCGGAGCUCUCAGUCCUCACCAAGCUGGCGUGCGGGGCGGUGGCGGGAACGCUGGGGCAGACAGUGGCGUACCCGCUGGACGUGGUGCGGCGGCGGCUGCAGAUGGUGGGGUGGAAGGACGCGGCUAGUGUGCUCAGAGCGGACGGCACGGUGGCAGCGGCCCCGCAGUACACCGGGAUGAUAGACGCUUUCCGGAAGACGGUGCAGACGGAGGGAGUCAAGGCGCUCUACAAGGGGCUUGUCCCAAACUCUGUCAAGGUGGUGCCAUCCAUCGCCAUUGCCUUCGUCACGUACGAGAUCAUGAGAGACUUGCUCAAGGUGGAAAUUCGCAUCUCAGAUUGACUCUGCAGUUGCAUGGGCAACAUCGGUCAUCUCUCCUUACAUCCGCAUUGGCUUGGCUGCCAUCAUGCAUAGGAGGAUGCUGUUGUGGGUGGCACGGCGGCGUAUUGCGGCUCGGCUUGUGGGCUGUUAUGGCUGUUCUCGCACUCAUCUACGGCCAGGAGCUAGGGAAGGAAUGCAUAUUUGUACUGUAGGAUUAGGUACGAUUGCAAUCAUUUUGCAAUUAAUAGACAUCAGGUUAAGCAUUUAACGUAACUUCUGCCUUCACGAAACACAUCCGGCAAGGAAAACCGAAGGACACGUUUAGGUUGUCAUAAGAGAUGCCUUGGUGUUUCAGGUGAAUCAAAGCACUUGUGAAUG